AUGGAUCCUUCGAAAACUAGACCAAUUCAACUUCUCACUCCCGGCCCAGGACGGCACCUACAUGGCCGAAAUCCAAACCAACGAUUUAGACAACAUGGAAUGUAAGUUUUGAUGGUUUUUUUGCAGUUGAGGAUAUUAGGGAACUGUUCGGAUUGUUGUAACUUGUUUUUUGUGGUGAUUCAAUUGAUCACUGUAUUUUCAGGUAUUGCUCCAAGAUUUCUUCACUGCUUUUCGGAUGUAAAAUAAAAAAAAAGAAAAAAAAAAAUUAAAAAAAAAGAAAAAAAAAAAAUAAAAAAAAAACAUAAAAAUUUUUUUUUUAAGUAACCCCGUUUCGGAUGUAAAAUAAAAAAAAAGAAAAAAAUUAGAAAAAAGAAAAAAAUAAAAAAAAAGAAAAAAAAAUAAAAAAAAAAAAAAAAAAGAAAAAAAUAAAAAUAAAAAAAAAACAUAAAGAAUAUUUUUUUUAAGUAACCCGUAUCGUUCUCUUCUAAAUUUUACUCGCCUAAUAGUUUACUGCCCAUUUGUAACAAUGUAAGUUGUCAUUUCAUUCUUGAAUUUAUCCUGGAUUUUUAUUAAGUUGAUUAAUUAUCUAUUUUUUCAGAAACCCAUCUCUCGAAUCAGUGAAUCUUUGGAACACAUUUCCCGACCCUACUUUCAAUGUCCCAAUUCCGGCCCAGGACGGCACCUACACGGCCGAAAUCCAAACCAACGAUUUAGACUACAUGGAAUGUAAGUUUUGAGGGUUUUUUUUGUAGUUGAGGAUAUUAGGGAACUCCAGAUUGUUGUCACUUGUUUUGGUGGUUCUUCAAUUGAUUAUUUUAUUUUCAGAUUUUGAUCCAAGAUUUCACUGCCGUAUCCCUAAUGUUUACCACCCAUUUUUUACUAUGUAAGUUGUUGUUUCACCCUUGAUUUUACCCUGGAUUUCUCAAACUAAGGUCUAUAUUUUCAGAAACCUAAAGUUAGAAAAAAAGUCGACAUCACCUUCACUCACGCCACAUUCCCCGUUCCAUUUGCAACACCCAUCCUUCCCUCCCACUCGCACCGCACCCCUCCUCCAUUUCACUCCCACCACACUCCUCCCCCAUCACACUCUCUUCAGAAUGUAAGUUUCGUCGUUUAUUGGUAGUUGGGGAAAUUACGGAUAGCUUGAGAUUAUUGUCAACUCUUUUUUGAGGGUUCUUCAAUUUAUUCUUUUAAUUUGCAGAGAUCUCCAAGCCCUAUGUAACGGAUAA